GAUGAUAUCUGAUAUUUCUUCAGGUUAACUGGAGAACUUUAUUUUACAGAAUCGAUGUACUGAUAUUACUCUACCAAGAGUCGAGUUAGGAAAACCGGUUUGUAAUUCUCAACAAUAAAUUAAUAAUCUUUACGGAAAUUACGUGUUCUAUACUUUUACUGUGAAAGGUCAGAACAGAACUGAUUAGGUCAAAGUUAACUUGAUGCAGGUGUUAAAGGAGGCGGUUAAAUGAAAAGAAAGAAAGAAAGAAAGAAAUGACGGAACUAACUGCCACAGAAAAGUGUUCCGCUGGACCGGUGGUUUUCAAAAACCAAACGUCCGUCCUGGAAACCUUUGAAAACACAUUUAAAAUAUCACAGGAAGACACUUCAGGACGUUCCACCACACAGGAGACAGAAGACAGUCAGAAGUCAGAGCUGAAGGACGUUGAUGAACAGACGCUCUGUCCACCUUCAGCUGAGACCUUCACCUCACAGUAUCAGUGGGAGGUGGGGUCUCCAUGUCGAACUGUGUGGUCAGAGGACGGACAGGUGUAUCCUGCCACUGUGGUGUGUCUGGAUGGGGGGCACUGCAGAGUCCGUUUCACUGGGUACGGUAACGAAGAAGAUGUCAAACUGAGCUCACUCCUUAGCCCUGAAGAGGCUCCGCCCAUUCCAACCCCAACCUCCCAGGACUGGCGCCCUGGUUCUCGAUGUCGGGCACUGUACACAGAGGAUGGGCUGAUCUAUCCAGCUGUGGUGCUGUGGGUCAAAGGUCAGUGGUGUCGCGUUCGUUUCGACUACUACAACAACGAAGAGGAGCUGGAUGUCAGCGGACUGCUGAGUCCAGAUGAGCUGCAAGGGCCGAGCAGAGGCAGGAACAAGGUGAGCAGGAGGAGAGGGAGGAGAGACGAGAGCCAGAGAGAAAAAGGGGGAGGGAGAGGAGAGAGGAGGCCAUCGUGGAUGGAAGAUCAGCAGAGCUUAUUCACAGGUCAGGAUAAAACCAAACAGAGUGCAGCAGGUAAAGAUGCUGAAAUGGACCUGAAAGAAAACCAGUCAAGACAGCAGCCGACCAAUCAGAGCCCUACCCUCCUGCCUCUAUUUCCUGUUCCUACCCAGCUGAGCCAAAGGGAGUCCAUCAUCAGUCCUCCUCCUCCUCCUUCUGCUCCUUCCCUCUGGUCAGCUGACAGUAAAGAGUGUGGAGACUCCUCCUCCAGCAUGUUGAUGCUGUGGUACAUGUGUGGUUUUCACACAGGAACCUACAUGACUGAGCAGAGACUGAAGUCUACAACUAAAGACUAAGAGCCAAGGAGAAUUGUGAGACAAGAUGCUGCCUGGACAGCUGUGCACCAUUUUCUGUUGAAUACUUAGUUUGAUUUCUUCCUGAAUGAUGUCAGUGAAGUUAGGAUGCAGCAGACGUUGUUUGUGUUUUAAGCACUUAGAAUUUUUGUUCCCGUUUGAAGCUCUGCUGUUCUCAGCAAUGACAUGUAAAAUAUUUGGUUAUUAAAGACAUGAACCCAA